CUAAGGACUUUUGCAAAUAAAUCCCAGUGUCACCAGUGUUGCUGUUUGCUGAAUAUCUUUCUGCAAACGGACUUUAAAAACCUUACAUUCAUAAACUUUGCCUCACUAGGUUAUCACGAGCCAUGCAGAGGAGGUGACCACAAAAACGUGUAACAUGAAAAGAGAACAAAGGUUAUUCAAUUCAGGUCAGCGUCAACUGACUGCCAGAGCUUAGUCAUAUAGGUUUAAAAGAGAAAUUCGAAUUAGUUCGCAGCCACCCAGUGCCCCGCGCAGGCUGUCUCCUGCGGGAACUGACAGGUAAUUAGGAAGAAAUUCAUCACUUUCUCCCCGGGGAGGAGGGAGACCCGGCUCCCGGGAAGCCCCGGCCCGUCCUCCAGUGCGCCUGCGCCGAGUCGCUGACGCCAGCCCAGGCCACGCCCCCUCCCGGAGCGACCGCUGGCCUCGGGGGCGGGGCCUGGGCACAAGAUGGCCGCUGCGCGCCCGGAGCCCCCGAGUCCGAGCUCAGCGGCCCCGGAGCCGAGAUCCCCGGAGCCUCCGGACCUGGUCCUGGUGCCGGAUGAUAGCCGCCCGGCCACCCCCCCGAGUGACCUCAUCGAGAUCCAGGUGGUGAAGGUGACGGACACCACGCUGGUACCUGAGCCCCCGGAGCCAGGUUCUCUCCACUGUGCCUUGUGCCCAGCCGUCUUCCGGCUGGUCUCCGAGCUGCUGUUCCACGAACACGGCCACCUGGCGGGGGCCGAGGGUGGCGGGCAGGGCGGGGGGGACCCAAGCCGGUGUCAUGUGUGUGGCCACAGCUGCCCAGGCCCCGCCAGCCUCCGUGCCCACUACAGCCUGCACACGGGAGAGCGGCCCUACCGCUGCCCGCUCUGUCCCCGGGCCUUCAAGGCCCUGGCACCUCUGCUGCGGCACCAGCGCCGACACGGGGGGGAGCCGGGCACCUCUCAAAGGCCUCCGGAGGCGGCGGCGGCUCAGGAACGGCGGCCCGGGGUGCCCCAGGAGAGGUCGGAGGUGGUGAUGGCUGCGGCGGCCGCAGGCGCGGCGGUGGGGAAGCCUUUCGCCUGCAGGUUCUGCGCGAAGCCGUUCCGCCGCUCCUCAGACAUGCGAGACCACGAGCGGGUGCACACGGGCGAGCGGCCCUACCACUGCGGCGUGUGCGGCAAGGGCUUCACCCAGUCCUCCGUGCUCAGCGGCCACGCCCGCAUCCACACCGGCGAGCGCCCCUUCCGCUGCGCCCUCUGCGAUCGCACUUUCAACAACUCCUCCAACUUCCGAAAGCAUCAGCGCACCCACUUCCACGGGCCGGGACCGGGGUUGGGAGACGCCGGAAGCCAGCUGGCAUCGGGGGCCGAGGGGUCGGGGAGUGGGUGUGGGGCAGGAAACACCCUGGAAGAGGGACGUGGGGAGACCGCCCAGGUGAAGGUGGAGGUGGACCAGUAGUCUGGGAGAGCGGGAACGUGGGAGGCCGGCGGCAGGUUGCAGGGGAGGGGUGGGGGGGGAAACGGAGGCAGGGGAGGCAGGGGAGAGGUUGGGGGAGAGGUGACGUGAGAGCCCACGGAGAUGGCAGCGAGCGAGCGGCCAGGGUGGGCGAGCGGAGGGAGAGGCGGGCUCAGGACGCUCGCCAACCACACGGCGCCUGCGUGAGAUUCGGAGGAAGGCACAGAGGCAGCCCCGUGGAUGCCCAGCGACAUGCAAGGGACACGGGCUCGAUGUCAUUGCCCCACUUGCCCCCCGAUGGGUUGUCCUUGCGCAAGACACAGCUUGCGGCAGCAGAGCUGAGCACCGCAGAGGGGGACCAGCAUGGAACCUUUUGCCUACCUCACUGGAUUGCACUGACCGUGGGAUGCCCGCCCGUCCUCAGGCAGAAGACGCCCACCGGGUCCUCCAUAAAGAGGAUGGGACCCCAUCACCUCAAAGCCAGAGGGUCCCCAAGUCAUAGCCAGGAGCGCUCAAGUCGCAAGGGUGGAAGCCUGACCGUAAGAAUCUUGACUGCGGGAGCUGCUAGCGCUGCUCCCAUGUGAUCCCUCUUUAAGCCACCCAGACUCCUCUUCCAAGGCAACUGAAAACCCAGACCACGAACAGUCACCUAACAGUUUCCCCCUCCUAAAGCUUCAGGCUCAGAGCCCAUGGUCCCCCAGGUCUACAAAGUAGCCUCAAGUUUCUCUAACUACCUUCACUCCCAACUUGAAGCAAACGGCUUACAGCCUGGUCCCAAGCUAUGCCAAGGAAUGGUUGGUGGGUGGCUGUGUGGUGGCCUGGCUGGGGUCUGGCGGGUGGGGAACAGGAGGUGGGUCACUGGGGGGUUGGGCAGAGGAGGAGCUGCAGGUGGGAAGCCUCCAGCUCUAUUCCCAUUAAAGGACUUUAUGAAGGGCUUUCUCUAUGUUGGUCUUGUGUUCCAGGGCUGGGGGUAGAAGGGCCGCACCGUGGUCCUGGCCCCAGCAGUGAGUUGCAACUCUCUCCAAACCUCUGUUUCCUCAUCUUCAGAAUGGGGCGGACGGCGUCUGGCCAUUCAGAGAAGCUAUGUCAUUCAGCUCUGGGAUUGGGGGGUCAGGGAAGUUUGGAAAAACGAAGGGACUCCUGUGUCAGGAUACCAAAGAAGGGAGAGCCCUGGAUUUGCACCCCUUCCUGUUCACCCAGCACCCCCGUAAGCCGUCCCACAGACAACUCAUAAGGAGAGCAGAAUUCAGUCUUUACCAAGGAAACACCCAUGUCUCCCAUCACUGGCAUCGUCACCCAAGCUAGAAGCCUUGGCAGGUUCCUUGAGUCUUUUUCAUCCUUCGUCCAUUUAUCUGACUCCCUAUCAAUUUCCCGCUGUUGAGCCAAAUAUCUUUGGAAUCUGAACGCUUCUUUUCAUCAUCGCUCCCCCUGUAGACCAAGCCAACCGUGGUCUCACGCGUCCACGCCCUGCCCUCUUCGCUCUCCGUUCUGUGGCCACGUGGAUCCGUCCUUCCAAAACUCA